UACUAAACCUUAAGCCUUAGCAUACACAGCAUCAAUCAAAAUUUUAAGUGAUUUUAACAAGCCUUUAAAAUAUAAAAAUAUUUAAAUAUUAUUCAUUAAAGAAGUAAAACAUGCGGGACAUGCCAGCGCAGGUGGGGGCCACAUGGUUCACCAAUCUUUCCGACUUUCAGGUGCAGGCCAUUCUCGCUUUGGAGUUCUCCAUCCGGGACGAUCAUGCCGAGGCUACGGUGUACCGCACCCAAUUCUGCCUGAAUCGUUUGGGAGUCACUCCCAUGGUGAAGGUGCGGAUGCUGCGAAAGUUGUUAGGUGUUUGCCGGGGCAGCGACUUGGCCUUUCUCUACUUUCUCCUGGAGGCAUGCUAUAAGGGAGCUGGUUUCGCCUACAGCGAAAGGAUACUUAUGUCGGCCAUUACAUACCUGGACUUGGAGAUGACGAUGCGCGAACUGGACCGCAUCCUGCCGCCGGGAGUGGAGCGGCUGAAGAGGACAAAGUCUAUCGCUCCACCGGUGGCCACCACCUCAAUCUCCUUACCGACCAGGCGGGUCUCUGAUCUCCGUAGUGUCCGAUCGCCCUAUUUUACGCCCCUGCCCAAACCCAAAAUGCCCACGAGUGGUGCCAAGUUCUCCUCUAAAAGACCCCGCCUGGUGGUCACCUUUCCCUUCUGGCCUGGCGAGAGACCCAACUACAAAGUUAACGACGAAAGCCGCUGGUUUGCCAAGUACAAGUUUCAGCCGGUGAAGCGGAUGCUCUUCAAGAUGGUGGGUGACAUCAUGGGUGACUACUGGUGCAAGAUAGAUGCCUCCUCGCAGGCGGAGGACGAGACAAUGCCCAUGUGCGAGUUCCACAAGGAGGCAAGGCGACAGGAGCAGCUGGUCAAAGAUGCCGCAGUGGUCAGGGCACACAAACAAUGUCUGGCCCUGGUGGACGUGACUUCUCGCCAGGAUGCUGUCCUUAAAAAACGCUUGGUGGCUCAACUGGAAAGGGACAUUGAGAUGUACACCCUGCGAUGGCAACGACUUCGCCAACGCCAUCACACUGAUGUUGUUUUACUGGAGGAUCACGAUCAGCUGUGCUCGGUGGGCAAAGUGCCCACUGUCCAAGCGGAUAAGGUGAAGUACCUCUACCAGGAGGCGGACAUCGGGCGACUGAGUACCAAGCCCAAUCUGGGUAUUCAUGUGAUCAGCGGCAAGGACACUGUGAGUCGUUUGAGCACAGUACGCGUCUCGGAUCCAGACGAUGACAUCCAAUGUCCAUUGCCCCUGCCUGAGGAGAAGAAGCUGGCCAACUGUCCACCAUCUAUUCUUGGACAUGUCAAUCGACCGCGCAGGGUGAUCAUGACGCAGACAAAGGUCGGUGAUGUGAAGCCACCAUCGCCUUGCGAGAAGCCAUCCAAACCAGGACGCUUCUUUGUGGGACCGCAUCGGCACAAGCCCUUUGUGUUCCAUUACCACGAGAUGGCCCCCCAGGACCAUAAUCCCUCACCCAAGGGUGUGAUACGCAGCCAGGCCAUACGAACCCUGAGAGAUCAGAGUUGCCCCUCCACCGAGGAUGAGUACAACGAACGGGUGGAUCCCAAAGCUCAAGUGGUGGCUGCCAUUGUGGAGUGCGCCCAGAACAUGUGGUUUGGCUCCCUGGAGGCCCAUCAACGGAAUCAGGAGUCUAUAAAAUCCGAAAGGCCAACUAAUUCGGUUAUUCUCCCUCAACCCCGUCGACGCACCCAAUCUUCCAUAAAAUCGGAAAAACUAUAUGAUUCCGAUGAGCCCGUGAAGGAAGAACCUUCCCCGAUCUGUGGUGGUGGCGUGCAGAAUGAGCUGGACUGGGCUAAGGACAUCAAGAAAUUUGAUCCUAAUAACAAGAAUUUAAUGGAACGCCUUCUGAAAGAUGGAUUUACCAUGCUGCGACGGGAUCCACGUUGCGUCUUCGCCGCUUUUCCCAACUCCCACAAAUCCUUUGUGAUGCAGGAAUGGAUAAAGCGGCGCUAUGGAAAGACCUACAGCCACGAGGAGAUCAGCAAGGUGAUCCAAAAAGGGCUGAGCACCUUUCUGCGCGUCGAGAACCAACUGACCAAUGCUCCCAGUGUGAAGCGCGAAGGAUUCUCGGCCCAGGACACCUUCGACGACUUUGCUCGCCUGGAGGCGCAUGCCAAGAAGAUAAAGGCCAACUACCGGAUGCCACUCAACGACAGAAUCCUGACCCUCACCCGCAUCUGCUGGCAGGCCCUGAGUCCCCACCUGGUCAGAAACUCCUCCAUGCUCAAGAGUUUCUUUGCCUAUCUGCCAGUUCGUUACGCAGAUAUGCUGAGAUAGGAUAGAUGGGAAACCUGAGAUCCUAUCCAUAGUUACCAAGACCUGGACAAGACUUUUCAAAGUUGCUAAAUUGUUUGUUACCAAAUUUGUAGUACCGUCUCUUUUACCAUGUAUUGAUGCAAGUAAUAAUAUAAUUACAUUUGUUUGUU